UUUCCCCUUCUCCUUCACUUCUUCGUCUUCCCCUUCUCUUCUCCCCCACAAUCACCAUUGUUAAAUCCACUCCCAAUCUAUCUCUCCUUCCAUUAAUUAAGGUUUUCAAUCUCUUCUCCUUUCAAUCUAUUCUCCAGAUCCACUUUCCCUUGAUACUAAUCCCCUAAUCCCUCGAUCAAACCCCAAUUUUCCAUCCAUCUAUCUGAAUUUCAAAUUUUAUCGGGAUCUUCUAACCCAACACUGAAAAGUUGCCAAUUUUGGAUCUUAUUUCAGUGUUUUACUUGAAAAAGUAAAAAAAAUUAAAUAGGUACGUGUUUUUGUUUGAUCGGUUGUGUCUGUAUUAGGGUUUUCGUCAAUUUUUGUUUAUCGGGUUAGUAAUGGUGGGUUCGGAGGCUUUACCUUCACCGAGGCAGCAUGGAGUUACCAAACCCUUGUCUCUAGCGGGACCAUCGGAGGCUGAUUUACUCAGAACUAAGAAAUUGAAUAAGUUUUUGGUGGAUGCUGGACUUUAUGAAAGUCAAGAGGAAGCAGCGAAGAGGGAGAGGGUUCUUGGUCGAAUGAAGCAGAUUGUAAUAGAUUGGGUCAAGCAACUUACUCGUCUCCGAGGGUACACUGAUCAGAUGGUGGAGGAUGCAAAUGCUGCCAUCUUUACUUUUGGUUCUUAUCGGCUUGGGGUUCAUGGUCCAGGGGCAGAUAUUGACACCCUGUGUGUCGGGCCAUCUUAUGUGAAUCGAGAUGAUGACUUCUUCUUUGUUUUGCAUGAUAUCUUGAUAAAAAUGGAGGAAGUUGCUGAACUUCAACCAGUUCCAGAUGCUCAUGUACCGGUUAUGAAAUUUAAGUUUGACGGGAUAUCUAUUGAUCUUCUUUAUGCUAGCAUUUCUCGUUUAGUCGUCCCAGAUGACUUGGACAUUUCUGAUGUUUCCAUUUUAUAUAAUGUCGAUGAGCCAACCGUUCGUAGUCUUAAUGGCUGCAGGGUUGCUGAUCAGAUUCUUAAGCAUGUUCCAAAUGUUGAGCAUUUCCGUACAACUCUUCGUUGCUUAAAGUUUUGGGCUAAAAGGCGUGGCGUUUACUCAAAUGUGACGGGGUUUCUUGGUGGCGUGAACUGGGCUCUUCUUGUAGCACGGGUUUGUCAAUUUUAUCCAAAUGCUGUUCCGAGCAUGUUGGUUGCUCGAUUUUUCAGGGUUUAUACACAGUGGCGAUGGCCAAAUCCUGUUAUGCUUUGCGCCAUACAAGAAGAAGAGCUUGGAUUUACCGUAUGGGAUCCUCGUAAAAAUCCGAAAGACAAAACUCACCAUAUGCCAAUAAUAACGCCCGCCUAUCCAUGCAUGAAUUCUAGUUAUAAUGUCUCGACUAGCACGCUCCGUGUUAUGACAGAGCAGUUUUUAUUUGGUAACCGGAUUUGUGAGGAGAUAGAACUUAACAAAGCUCAGUGGCCCGGACUCUUUGAACCAUACAUGUUCUUUGAGAGCUACAAAAACUAUCUGCAAGUCGACAUAAUUGCUCUGAAUUCUGAUGAUUUGCGAGCUUGGAAAGGUUGGGUCGAGUCUCGGCUGAGGCAACUGACGUUGAUGAUUGAGCGAGACACACAGGGGAAGCUGCAGUGCCAUCCGUAUCCUCACGAAUACUUUGAUCCUUCGAAGCAGUGUUCGCACAGUGCUUUCUUUAUGGGAUUACAACGGAAACAAGGUGAAGUAAUUCAAGAAGGUCAGCAGUUUGAUAUCCGUGGUACUGUUGACGAGUUUCGACAUUCGGUGAAUAUGUACAUGUUUUGGAGACCUGGAAUGGAGAUUUACGUUUCUCACGUUCGUAGAAAGCAGAUCCCGUUAUAUGUGUUUCCAGACGGUUAUAAACGGACUAGAGUCCCACGGCUCGUAAAUCUGCAGCCGUCCGACAAAUCAUCUCUCGAAAACGGUGAAGUUUGCGGAGAUGCUGGUUCUUCUGAGAGAUUAUCUAGAAAGCGAAAAGAUGAAGAUUGUCAUGUAAAGCGAGAUAGUCUUCAAAAACGACAAUCUUUGAGCCCACAGAGCCGUGAUUCGGUUUCUCCUGAUAUCAUUGGCCAUUUGUUUGUUAAUGAAUUGAAGUACGGUUCCACACCAGAUAGUGUAUCGAGGAGCGAAGUCGGACAUUUGGCACGAGAACCCGAUAAUAACUUCAAGAAUGCAGAUUCGAGCUCUAGUUUGGUUGCUAAUCCCGCAAACGAUAUGAGUUGUGGUCGGGAUGUGGGGCCGGAAGAUGUCGUUUUGGGAAGCAACGGUCGGGAUUCUUUGCAGGGGGGUACGACUGAGGCCGAUUCCGAUAAUGUAUCGGGGGAUAAAAUCCAGCCAAAUGGUGAACUCGGGAUGGUACUGAAUUCUAGAGGCACGGCCGAGUUGGAGCAGAACACGAUAAUGAGGCAAGUUCUAAAGUUUCUAUUUAGUAUGUUCUUUUAUAGUGCGGUGGUAUGCGGGAUAAGAUAAGACAAAAACUUGUUCCACGUUUUGAUGACGAGAUUAACUAAAAUAGGUAGAAAAGAAUUAGUGAGAUGGGACAAGAUUGGUAAUUACUAAAUUGCCCUUGUGAAAUUAAAACGCUAAAACCUUGCAUAGUUCUUUCACUUGCCUAGUGAUGCACAAAAAACCCCAAACCAAAGUACGGCCCGUAAAACCCGGGCCUAGUGAGUCUGAAACCCGGUUUGGGCCAGGCCUCAAAGUCUGAUCAGGACGAAAUUUUGGGGGCAAGACUGGGCCUAGGCCUGGUCCGAAAAGCCUGACCUGAAAAGGUCUUAAAAAGUGAUUAAGCCCCCCUGAAAGAACCUGACCGGACCCUUUUUCAACCCCAAAGCAUGGUCCAGACCGACCCGCCCUGGACCUUUUUUACUCACUGGAAUGGGGUUUGGAAGGCCCAGGUUUGGUAUGCGAGACAAGACAAGAUUGCGAGAUACAAAAAGUGUGUUCUUUUUAAACAAAAAUCAAUGUGAUGAGAUAAGAUUGGUAAAUUACUAAACUACCCAUGUCGAAUUUUGUCAAUGUGAUGGGACAAGAUUGAGAGAUACAAAAAGUGUGUUCUUUCAUCCACUUCUGUCACCCUCGUCUAGUCUAGUCUAGUCCUGUCUUGUCCCAUUCUGUCUGUGUACCAAACACAUCCGUAAUACCACCCUUUAUCCUGCUCAAGAUCGACUGGAGCUUGAGAAUUAUUAAGCUCGAGCAUGAGUAGCUCGUUAGAAGCUCGAAUCGUUUACACCCCUCGCCGGCUAGUCCUGUCCCAUCCUGUAUGUAUACCAAAUACACCUGUAAUACUACCCUUUAUAAUGCUCUGCUACAGACUGUUGUAUCGUGGUUUUUGCAACAGGUUAGGUGUGACGUCGACUGCUUGAGGGAAGAUUAGAGCGCGUUUCCGCUUGGAAGAGGAGCGAAAUCCAGCAUUUGUGGUAAGUUUAUGCUCGUUUGCGAGCUUUGACUUGUUAUUUGACCACCGAUGAUCGUUUCCAGAAAGAUCUUGAGUUCGAAGAACUUUUAGGUUUUAGUAUUGGGAUGGGUUGGGGUGGGUGGGU